AUGAAUCAAUUACUUGAGAGUGAUAGUAACGCACUUAAAAAGCCACUUGUUGCACUUUGGGAAUCAAAAAUUCUCAGCCAAGUUUCAGAACCUUCUGAAGCAAUGCACUUAGAAAAUUCAUUAUGGCAGAUGAUGGUGAUUCUUCCAAAAUAUCACACACUUAUUAGUGGAAAUUCUCUUGAAAGAGCCGCAGAAACAGCAUAUUUGAUAGACUCGUUUGGAUUAGAUUUGCGCAUACCGAAACUUAUGAAAUAUUUGAUACAAAAUGAAAUUGAAAUUGGAAUUUCUAGAGAGAAUAGCCCUAUCUUGAAAUUCGGAGGUCUCUUUCCUGAUCCAAACAUUGAAGAAAAAAGCCUUAAGCUUCAUGAGCAUCCUCAUGAAAGCGGACUGUGAUCUGUUUUCAGUGCAGUUAUGUUGAUUUCAAGCGGAAACAAUGAUUUUUAG